AUGGGUGACCCCGAGAGAGGUACUGGGCGAGUGGAGAGUCCUGAGGAGAGAUAGCGUGUGGCCCGCGGAGCGUGACGCUUAGUGCUUGUCAGUCCCCCAUGGCCCCGUGGAGCCGAGAGGCGGUUCUCAGUCUAUACCGGGCUCUGCUGCGCCAAGGCCGAGAGCUUCACUACACUGAUCGAAACUUCUACUUUGCUUCCAUCCGUCGUGAAUUCAGGAAAAAGCAGAAGCUUGAGAAUCUAGAGGCUCAGGAGAAGCAGCUGGAGAAGGGCCUGGUCUUCCUCCGUAGCAAACUUGGAGGUCUUGUUUAGGAUCCUCUCUUUUCCCUUCCUAUCCUAAUUUCAAGAAGAGGAUAAAGUUGCCUUCAGUAGAUACUCCUGGCACACCACCCCACCCCACAGAUGCAUUAGGAAGCCUCGGGUGAGCAAUGGCAGGCGCU